AUGCCGGACCCAAACCCCGGCUCAGCUCCAGCAGAACCCGAGAAUGAGUGGAUCUCGGCACCGAGUGGCCGGCCCAAACCAAACCAAAAACCGAAUUACACGCAAUACCAAAUCCUAGGUAACCACACGCACAUGACGUCAAUCAUGUCAGGCCACUUGAAGGUCAUGAAGUGCAGACGGCGUUUGACCCACUCGGUCAUGAGCUACGGCCUACUUCUCUUUCCAUUCGGCGCACAAGAUUCGUAUGUCAUCUCUGAUACCGCUGACUCUUCUCCCUCGCAGGGCGAGCACGUCGAUGCGGCUCGUUCGACCGGGACACGCAAUAGGCUACAUGCCCCGUCGGCCCUGCGAAGCUUACGUCUACGCAUGGCGGCACCAAUGGUGGCAUCACUCUUCAUCUACGUCACACCAACACUUCACCUCACUACACAACACAUCACAUCACCUCAUAACACGACAUAUAUCACAUACCUCCUCCCCUCACCUUACUACUUCACACUACACUACUCUCCCUCUACUUACCAGAGGAGCUAG